AUGGCUGCUGAGCUGAGCGGCAUCCUCCAUCGCAUCCGCCUGCACGACUACCUGCCUGUUCUGCAGCAGAAUGGCUUCGACACUUGGGACAUAGUGUGCGACAUCUCCGAGGACGACAUGGCCCAUCUUGGCUUCAAACUCGGCCAUCGCCGCAUUCUGCAGCGCGAGAUCGCCGCUUCCCGCGGUGCCCAGUCCCGCGCCUCUCUGGCCUCCGACAGUACUGACCGCAGCCCGCACACCACCACCACCACCACCACCACCCCGGAAGACGCAUCCACCAGCCCUCCGCAGGCCGAGGAGAGGAAGAAGCGACGAUACCGCCGCAAGCCUCGCCCCGACAUCAACGCCCCAAAGAAGCCCAAGACCGCCUACGUCAACUUCGCCGACACUCUGCGCACCGACCCCGCCAUUAAUUCCCAGUCUUUCGUUGAGAUCGCUCGCGAGGUCGGACGCCGCUGGCAGGCCUUGCCCCCCGAGCAGAAGCAUGUGUGGGAAUGCCAGGCCGCCCGCGACAUGCAAGAGUACGAGGCCCAGAUGGACGAAUACAAGACCACCGAGAACUACCGCCGCUACCAGAACUAUCUCAAGUCCUUUAAUCACGCCCAGUCGCAGCCAAAGCGCCCGUCCCUCGACCACGACCGCAAAUCCAGGAGCAAUUCGUCCGAGACCCUGUCCAACGGUACCGGCGAAGCUGCCCCGCGGCCUGAGCUGGGCCCGCGCAAGUAUGACGAGUGUCACGUCGCCUUCGAGCUGGCCAUGCAGGAGCUCUCGGUGCGGAGGGACGAGGUCAUGGCCGAGGGUGUUCCGAGGUUUGACGUUCACCACCUUCCGCCCCAGGACAGGCUCCGCAAAGCCGCAAUGUCGUGUAGGGUAGGCACGGGCUCCUUCUUUUUUCUCGUUAGAGAGGAGCACCUGCAACAGAUGCUAGAUCAUGUCUACAGCCACGAAACCAUUGAGCCUUUUCCCCUGAUGGUCGUCCUCCUGUUGGCUGCCAUCGGCGCCCAUUAUGAUGUCGAUUGCAUGACCGACACUGAGCGCCAUGGCCUGUUUGUCUCUGCUGCAUUCAUCUUUGAGUCUGAACUCGCUGGCGUCAUCGACUACAGGUCCCUGUGGAUCUUCACCAUGCUUUCCAUUCAUUCUAUCCUCGAAAAACACAUGGUUGCGCGGCAUGUUGUCGCUGCUGGCCUUCAGAUCUCUCGUUACAAGGAGCCCGAGGAAGCCGACGAAUCUGGGGCGAUCACCGUGCAAGAUGCCCAUAGACUCAUAUGCACUUUGAUAUUUGUAGAAUGGUUUGUGCUCGCCCCGCUGUCGAAGCAUUAUACUGAUGAGGGCAGCUGGUUGUCCACGACCUUGGGCUACAAGGCCGACGUGAGGGCAGACGAUAUCACGCGUGCAUGGCCUCGUUUGAUGCAGUCGACCUCGAUAUCCGACGCAAUUUACAUCCAAGGAUGUAAGAUCGGGCUUGUGUCCAGAGAGAUUGCCGAGGUAACUAUCCACAAAGCCGCCAGCGCCGUCAGGACCGAGCACAUUGAGCUGCUCACCGAGCAGCUCGAUACAUGGCACAGAUCACUGCCUGCCACGAUGCAUCUUGCUGCGCUUGCAGACGAGCAGCAAUCCUCGUGUUUGACCCCCUAUCAACGAAGAGCCAUUCUGAUGAUACACAUGUUCUACCUGGGUGCCAUCAUCUCGCUCUACCGGCAACUGCUGCUCCAAGCAUGCGAAGCCAGAAUCCACUCGAAAUGGAAUCUGGACAUGCCUUACUCACAAAUCCAGAGCUAUCGAACACGUUGCUCGAUUGCCGCACAGCAGAUGACACGCAUGAUGCAGCUCAUAAGCUGGAACGGCGCUAUGACGAAGCGCUGCUGGGUCAUGAUUCACUGGGCCUUCCAAACCUGCACGGUAAUCCUUUUCGGUAUCGGCCUACAAAUGAUGGACCAGCACCCUGCUACGAUCGAAGAGGAUUUUGCCUACGCCAAAGUCUGCGCCGAGACUCUCGGUGCCUGCAGCACAGCUGAGCCUGUAGCUGCGAAAUACCUCGCCGUCAUCAAACCCCUCUAUGAAGCCCUUGUAGACAAACAACAGCGCUUGCAACAUGAAAAAGCCGACGAAGAAUUCCGAAGGUCAUCAGCUCCUCUCUCAACUGCUCAGUCACAUGUCGAGUUGCCAGGGGUAUCCUCUCAGCCCCACCUAGCCGCAGAGCCUCGCGACGAGGAGAUCAUUUCCAUCGUUAAGAAGCUGUCCGAGUUGCUUGCAGACCCGUUCUCGUUGGGACUGAAGGCAAAAAUCCAGGGCGUGCGCGAAACGAGCAAUGGCGUCGGAACAUAUUCCGUCCUUUGGUGGAAGUGA